AACAAAAGACAGACGUGAUGAGGAUGGAAAGAAGAGACAUCCAGCUGGUUUGUUCUUUGCUCUUGUGCAUCAUGACCCAGGUGGGGUGCCAGCUGUGUACCUGGCCAUGUCAGUGUCCAGCCGCCGUGCCGCGCUGCCCUGUUGGCAUUCCUCUGAUCUUAGACAGCUGCGGGUGCUGCAAGCUGUGUGCCAGGCAGGAGGGUGAGUCCUGCACCGACCGGCUGCCCUGUGACACACACCGAGGACUGCAGUGCGACUACAGUGCCAGCUUCCCUGGAGGACCAGGACAGUGUGUCGGUCAGAACGAGCUGGGCUGUGAGCUGAAUGGCAGGAGGUUGGAGGAGGGACAGGUAUUUCAGCCUUCCUGUACCAAGCUCUGCCACUGCCUUGGAGGAGGUGUGUCCUGUGUGCCCCUGUGCAGUGAUGAUCUACAGAGACCCACUGAUAAGUGCCCCAACCCUCUGCUGGUGCGACUACCAGGGCUCUGCUGCAAGGAGUGGGUGUGUGAUGGACUGGACAAUAGCAUUUCCUCAAAUCCAUCAGCAGCAGAGCAGGCCCAUCAGGCCCACAAGGGAGGGCUGUCUGGCCUGUCAUUUAGCCCCAUUUCCAAAUGUAUCAAGUGGACCUCAGACUGGAGCCCCUGCUCUCACAGCUGUGGCCCAGGUGUCUCCACCCGCACCAGCAACAGGAACAUGGCCUGUCUCCUGCAGACUGAGACCAGACUAUGUCAGGUCAGGCCAUGCCAGACUCUGCUGCUGGGACUUCAACAGCUGCAACCGGGACUGAGGGUGUGCAAGAGCAGCUACAGUUCUCCUCUCUCCAUUCAGCUUGAACACCAGGGAUGCUGGAGCACCAGAGCCUACCAUCCCAGGUUCUGUGCUUUGACCUGUCCGGAGGGAGGCUGCUGCAGCCCCUCCCACACCAGGACAGUGUGGAUGGUUUUCCGCUGCCCCCAGGGUAGACUCACCCAACAGCAGGUGAUGAUGAUUGAGUCCUGCUCCUGCAGCAUCUCAGCCUGCCGCCAAUCCCCAGCCACACCUGGCCGGACUGUCUUGCCCUGGCUGUGAGGUGCAUAUAGCUGACAAGACAGACAGGCAGGUCCCGUCUGCGAGGACACACAUAAUAAUGUGGCAGUGUAGGAGGUUGAGCCAAUAUUUCAAAAUUAUGGAAAUUCUACAAUUAGAAUGUGAAACUUGACAUUCAAAUACACCAAUUUUGUAAUUAUGCACUACAAACUAAGAUUUAUGCAGCAAUCUGUAUCCAGAUUUAAAACAAGCAAAGGUAACCUUAUUCACAUUUUACCAUUUUACUGCAUUUCUAUGUUCCUGCAAAUUCUCAUCACAUCUUACCAUUCCUGUCCACCCUUUGGCACAAGAUUUGUAGUGAGAUUUCAAAAUAUGGCCCCUGUGCACAGGUGGAAUAUCAACAUGCUUAACUGUCAUAGUCUAAGAAAAAAAUGGCCUCACUGACUGUAGCACCCAAAAGUUCCUGAAUAGGUGUUGUGAAGACAAGAUUUUGACUCUAGUACUCACAAACCAACAGAAAACUACCCAAAUCUGCAUUUCUCCUCAGAUCUAUGGAGCUCUUUAGUGUCUUCCAGUACGUUGUUUUUAGUUUUACUCUUUUAGUUCGGAAACAAAGUUUCCAGCAUCAGCAGUAGGAAGCUGUUUUCAAUGAAAACCCACUGAACUUUACCUACACUACCUACCCAGCACAGUUAGAGAAUAGCUUAUUAACAUAGUGGAGAGUUUAUAGUUUUAUCAGGAGCUGGUAGAGACCAAAUUAGAGAGUAAAUAUAGGACUUACAUUCAUCAGGUUGCCUAAUAAAUAGAAUGAUGAAUAACUUUACAAUAACUUUAUAUGCUGACAAUAUGUCAGUGUUGUGCUUGUGUCUGCCAGCCUCAAGUGGUUCUGUAAAUCACAAAUAAUUACAAAGGAGAAAUGUAUAAUUUGUAAGUUUGGGAUUCAUGUCAACAACCCUCAGUCCGUAUACUAAACAGCCAGAAUGCUGCUGCUUCUCUGUCUGUACAGACAGAAAAUUUGUUUUCAUGUACAACACAGAAUGAGCCCCAAAGAUUUUGAAAUACAGUCUACAUCAGCAUUCUGUCUCCCUGUCUACAUAUCUGCUGAGCCCCAAAGCUGCAGGUGGUCUCCUCAGAAUUCUGCACCAUACAGACUGCAGUUUGGCAGUCAGCAUGUAAGGGAAGUGUCAAGUCGGCUUGGGUUGAGUCGAGUAUACAGGAUUAUAGUAGUGAACAGUGGUGGCUGACCAAUUAAUUUCCUUAAAGACACAGUUGUAGUACCUUAAUACAUGUUUGCUGGAUUUUGCUUUUUGGUAUAUGUAUCUUUUGGAUUUUGUUACAGCCCCCCUGGAGAAAACUUUCCACCACUAGUACUGAAUGGUCUCAAGCAGCGAGGACACACAGCUAUGAUACUCAUCAGUCAGUCACUGGAGGGAUUCAUGGGACAGGCACUGCUUAAAGCUGCUAAAAUUUUCCACACAUUACUAAUGGAGUUUUGAACACUCUUUGUGGCUAUGAUGCUCCCAUUUUUGUGGCUUCCAUUGUGGAAACAUGUAGAUGUGCAUGUCUGUGUGCAUAUGGCCAUUUUUCUGCAUACCAGUGUAGACCUGGUGCAAAUCAAUUAGCAAAAGUACCAAUUAAAAAAGGGGUAGUUUUUUUUAUAAACAUAAAAACAAUAAACAGUACUAAUACAUUUUGACAUGAUUUUUGGCUGAAAAACCACAUGUUAAAAAAACACAAAGGGACAUGAGCUGCUGAGACCUUGAUAACAUUUUGGAAAUUGUAAUUUGUCUGAGCCCAAUGCAUAGACCAAGAAGUAGAAAAAGUAUUUCUGUCAUGGUUGAGUGGUUAUUUUAUCAUUUAUCUUCUUAAAAUAGUUUGUGGCAGUUCUCCUACCUUUCCUAGUUCCAUAGUAAAGUUUUGAACCUACUGAUUUAGAGCUGCUUUAGAGUAUUCCUUUGCCGUUAAUUGUAUUAUGUGUGGUGUUCAUAUUUUUGUUAUUCAGCCAGUGUUUGUGUGUCUGCUGGACGUGCUGCAUUUUUGGGUUUUCACAAUCAAACAAUAUUAUGUUAAAAAAAACUCAACAGAUGUUUACUUCAUCCCAAUUACAAGUCGUUCGUUUAAUUUUUCUUUUGAUAAAAAAUGAAAAUGGGUCCCACAGACCCGAACACCAUACAAGGGUUAACCAGGUUCUAUUAUCGCCUCAUUAUUUCCAAUUUCUUUUAAGAAGUAUUGGCGUAACUGUAAGUAUCAUCUGAAAAGGCUAUCUUUGUGUCUGAAAGCUUUGGAACAUGUUAUUCUCCACUGUACUACAGUAAGCAGUAACACCUUUACUCUAGAAUCCAUACAGUUUAGUUUUGAUUCUGUAGCAUGUGCAAACCAUCUAACUUUUGCUUUCAGCUGUGUUGGUUGCUGCUUGGCGCUGAUUCUCUGUGAAUACUCUUUCAUGCAAAACUGCCAGACCAAGAUGAUGAUCUAACCUGUUGGUGGGGGGUAACCCUAAAGUGUCCUGAUUUGAUUUACAGAACAA